AUGGCUCUUUGCUGGCAUGCGUCAAAAGGCCCAGAUGCCGGUCUGUAUGCACUCGGUACUGUCGCAUAUGACAUCCCUGAGCAGCAGCAGCAGAGCAGCAGCUGGGGGAGAGACGCCACAGACUUCUGCCCCGAGGAGAUGCAGAAGAAGGGGAAGCCAGAAUUACUCGUACUGCUCAUGUUCAGCUCAUACCGGUGA